GAAAUCUCAAGAUUCAGUCCACCCAAUAUGAAGACUCAGGGACAUUCAUCUGCAGCUCUGGUGCCAAGGAGAAAGAGGAAGGACAGGUGUACCUGGAGAUCCUUACUCCGCCAGUUGUUCAAGUGACCAAAGAACCUCAGAUAGUAGCAGAGGCUGGCCAGCGUGUGGACAUGACGUGCUCAGUGGCUGGGUUUCCCAAGCCAGAGCUUCACUGGUUUCACAAUGGUAGAGAGCUCACCAAUAAGGAUGAAGGAAGCCUGAUCCUGGCCUCAGCGAGUCCUGCAGAUGCUGGCCUCUACCAGUGCAUGGCAACCAACAAGCUAGGCACAGCAUACGGGGUCAUCAGGUUGAAGGUUACAGGUCAUGAAAAGGGAGCAUUCCCACCUGCUGAUAAACUUCCAACAAUGUUAGAUGAUGAGGACGAAGGGGUGUCCUCAGGAAAUGGAAGUCUCGAUUAUGAAAAGAAGCAGCCGGGAUUGAGUGAGAGAAGGAAAAAUGGGCGACCGAAAAUUGUCAAAAUACGAGAGAAAAAGAAAAAGAAGAAGAACGGACUGACAGGGCAUGGAGAUGCUGAAAAACCGAAAUAUGCUCCGUCUGUCCCCAUUGUCUCUCAGCUGUCUGACCGCUCUGUGAUGCUCAACUGGUCAGUUCCAGACAAGGGAAAUGGUCAGACAAUAAAGUUUUUCAAGGUGCAGUACAAAGAGAUGAGCCCGGAGAAGGGACCCUGGCGUACAAGCGAUGCCCAUCUCACUUACAACAUUAGAAGAUUUGAAGUUUCAGAUCUCAAGUCAGGUGGGUCUUACAAGUUUCGUAUUUUGGCUGUGUACGAGGAUGAUGACAACAAAAACUCUGCCAACACUCCAAUCUUCAAACUGUCCAUCCAGCCCCACACACAAGCCAAAUCUCCAGAUACAGCUCCGACCAUUGUGGAGGCCAAACCAAUUGUUUACCAGCAAAACUUUGGUAUCGGAGUCAAAUGGCAGUACAAAGCCGAGACUGCAUCUCCUAUAGAAGGAUUUAUUAUUUUCUACAAACCAUUUGGGGCCAGUGAGGACAAGGAGAAGCUGAUUCCCGGAGCUGGUAUUCGCAAUGAUGUCAUCAGAGAUCUCAUUCCUAACACUCCGUAUAACAUCAGAAUGCAAAGCUUCAAUUCGGCGGGAAGAAGUCAGUUCAGCAAUCAAGUUGUGAAAACUACAAGAGCUAGAGAUAAUUCCUUGGAGGAAGACUACCAAGAACUAGAGAUCCCACAGAAGGAACCAGUGGAAAACACAGAAGCACCAGUGUCAGGUCGACGGACGAGCGAAACUCUAGAACAGCCUGUGAUUCUCGGAGUGGUCCUGGGUGCCCUUAUCCUGGCUCUAUUUAUCCUGUGUGCCAUGUGCUGGUGGAAGCAAAGGCAGCAAAAGAGGAGAAAUUUAGUCGGCAGCCCACAACAAAAAUUACAGGAGCAGUCUCAGUGCAUUUUUGCAGAUGUUGCCCACACUAAACCCAAUGGCAGUCUGUACCUGGCCAACGGAAGUGUCCCACUAGCCAAUGGAUACAGUCCACAUGUUGACAGCCACAGCCACAUGAAUAUAGAUAUUAAUCCGCUGGCAGAGUACGACAUGCAGACGGCAAUCUCAGGGGAUGGGCGACAAAAACAAUUUUAUGGAAAUGGUGUCAAUGGCUCUUCAAUGCCCAGAUUUACUGGGGAUAAUAGCUGUCAUGACAUCAAUUUUCAGCAUUCAGGCAGUACCUAUAAUGGAGGUAAUGGAAGAGCUCCUCCCGCACCAGCACCAGGUUUCGGGACAAUACCUGAGUGCACUGAGCCCCAUCAUGGUGGUGGCAAGCAUAAACGCAGGAGGAAGCGGUUACACGGCAAGGAGCCAGCACCACGAGAGCAUGCAGUGAGGGAUCAGGCGACAAACACAGAUCUCAGCAGUAAUGAGGGUACUUUUGACUUUGCCACCGUCAGCAAAACAGGAUCUGGUUCAAACUGUGGAUCAGAAGGAGGCAGCCAAAAUUAUGAUUCUAGUUUUGGCAAUAAUGGAAGCUUGGAGAGUAUGAAUGAAGACUCACAUUCAGUCGCAAGUACAGUUAGCAGGAAUUCUGAUGGCCAUUUUUCGGCAAAUUUGCCGGUGUCACUGUGA